AUGCGAACCUCGUUACCGUUGGGGUUGUGCGAGUUGUCUCUGCGCAACAAAGGGAAGGGCGGCUGGUAUUUUUGGAGUGAAUGGCUGGAGGCUCAGCUUCCCGCCAGCUUCAGUGAGGAACAUGCCCGGGCUUGAGAGAGAGCCCGGGGACACCGCAUAGUCAGACUGGAGCCGGGCUGUGGUAGAAUAUCCAAUCAGCUGGCCACUUUUUCGGACGGAGCCAAAGCUUGCGUGCGUUAUGGAAUAAACGCGGACCAGGUGCAGGGGGAAACGCUGACUUAUUACCUGGCUAAUUUGCUAGGUAUUACAAAUCUACCGCCUCUCAUCCUUGCCCAGUUGAACGUUGACAGUGAACAAUGGGCUUCUGUUAGGAGAAGAAUUGGCGGUUUACAGUGGAAUGAGCGGGCGGUGGUCUCACUCACCGAGUGGGUCCCCAACCUGACCGGGGUUGUCACACCUGCUCCGCUGCGCCAGGAGAGCAAGGGGCUGCGUCCUCUGCAAGGGGAGCUGGGAAACAAAACGACUGCGGAGUUGUUCGAGCUAAUGCAGUGGACCGACCUGAUAAUAUUGGACUACCUGUCUGCUAACUUCGACAGGCUCGUUAGCAACCUCUUUAGCCUGCAGUGGGACUCGCGCGUGAUGGAGAGGGGAACCAACAACCUGCUCAGAACGCCCCGCGGUGACCUGGUAUUCAUAGACAACGAGGCAGGGCUUGUACAUGGAUACCGGGUGCUUGAUAUGUGGGAGAAGUACCACAGCACGGUCUUGGGCUCCGUGUCUGUGUUCAGAAAGAGGACAGCGCAACGCGUGAUAGAACUGCACCGGCGCAGGGACACCAGGACUCGGCUGCUCGAGCUGUACAGAGACAGCGAACCUUUGUCUCCGGAACUAGGUUUUCUCUCCUACGAACACGCGGGAGUACUACAGAACCGAAUAGACAGAUUAUACAAACACAUAUCGCAUUGCAAGGAGGAAUACCACCAGCUGUGAGCGUGUUUCUGAUUCCUCUCAUAUAUAUGGUUCUGUGUUAAGCACCUGCCAAACAGAAUGACGUGUGCUGCAAAUCAGUAACCCAGCACCAGUAACCACACACCUGUACCAGAUUAACGUGCGUCAGUUUAAAUGUUUUUUAAUAUUUUAAUGAACUACCUCUUGUGUGAACCAAUGUUUUGCCUACUUUAUUUGUCAAGAUAAAAUAUUGAUGUUGUUUUUGGGCUUGGGCUUGGUGCAGGAUAUGCCAUAAUUUAUUUUCACCCAGCCUCAAAAGAUAACUGCAAUAGAAUAACAUGAUGAGAGCACAGGAGGUUGGUGGCACCUUAAUUGGGGAGGACUAGCUCAUGGUAAUGGCUGGAGCAGAAUAGGUGGAAUUGUAUCAAAUACAUCAAACACACGGUCCGUUCCAGCCAUUAUUAUGAGCCGUCCUCCUCUCAUCAGCCUCCACUGGAUGAGAGCCAAUGCAUCUUUAUACCUAUUUAGGUUUAAUGGUCAGCCUUCAAUCGCUCCAGUUUGAUACACAGUUGUGUUUAUUAAUAGGAAUCAACUAUUGUGGUGUCAGGGGGGUUAACAACAACCACUUUGUAUCAUCUUUAUGAGCAAGGUGCAUUGUCUUUAAUAUGUACAAUAAGAAACGGACUGCUUGAUCAUGAGAACCAAGCCUUAAUAGAUUACUCCUAAAUAGUUUAGUAUUUGUUGACACAUGCAUUUGUGAUGUACAAUUUGUCACUUGUCUCAUCCUUUUAUAGAAGCUCUAGCCUACUGUACAAUCAACUUUCAAAGCAAACACUUGUUUUCAUGUAUUUGGUUGUCUUAUGAUUGUAUCUAUAGUCUUAAUGUCAUGACCCAGUCAUAUUUGUUGUACAUGCUGUAAGUAUGUGAAUACUGUAUCUGUUAACCAGUUUUUGACAUUCACAAUUGCAAUCUACUUCACUAAUUCAAUGUGCAUUGUAACAUUCCAAUCUUCCUGUCUUUUUGUUAAAUAUAUUGUAAUUUAAGUUGUCAGA